GGGUAGACCGCUCGUGUGCCAGUCCGCUCCGAGAUUCCGGCGCGAAUCGUCCUUCUUCGUCGCGGCGUCAAGCCAAGCCUAGAUGGAUGUUGCUGAACCGCAUUCCCGUGUCAGCGAUUUACUUCGUCGCGCAGCUGCUCCUCGCCCGUCCAGCCAUCGUGGAAGGACGGCAAUCGAGGAAUCUGGAAGUAUUAGGGCAGAUAUCAGGUCAUCACCAUGGGACGCAGUAUACGUCGAUUUCAGACAACUACAGGAACAAUUCCGACUUCCCUAGGUUUGCCGAGGAAAUUCAAAAUGUGACAGUAAGCAUAGGUCGAGAUGCUUUGUUAGCCUGCAUAGUGGACAAUCUUCGAUCUUAUAAGGUGGCAUGGGUGCGCGUCGAUACACAGACCAUCCUGUCCAUCCACCAUAAUAUCAUCACACAGAAUCCUCGGAUCUCGUUGUCCUACAAUGACCAUCGUACGUGGUACCUUCAUAUAAAGGAGGUUAAAGAGGUGGACCGCGGGUGGUACAUGUGUCAGGUGAACACCGAUCCAAUGAGAAGCCGACAGGGCUACCUGCAGGUCGUAGUGCCACCUUCCAUUAUCACGAAAGAAACCAGCACAGACAUGGUCGUUCGCGAGGGUUCGAACGUGACGCUGACGUGUAAAGCUUCCGGAUAUCCGGAGCCCUACGUCAUGUGGCGCAGAGAGGACGGAAAGGACAUAAACUAUAAUGGCGAGAGCGUGAAUGUCGUGGACGGGGAGGUGUUACAUAUUGUGAAGAUCAGUCGACUGCACAUGGGUGCAUACCUGUGCAUCGCUUCGAACAAUGUUCCACCACGAGUCAGCCAACGGAUAUCUCUGCGUGUUCAAUUUCCGCCAAUGCUUUCGAUACCAAAUCAGUUGGAGGGAGCGUAUAUUGGACAAGACGUCACGUUGGAAUGUCACACCGAAGCCUAUCCUACUUCCAUCAAUUAUUGGACGACCGAGCACGGGGAUAUGAUUGUCUCUGGCAAUUACCAUUCCAUUGCAGGUGACAAAUACGAGGCGGUGUACUCCGACAAUGGCUACAACAAGUACAUGAUGCUGAAGAUCAGAAAUGUUGGACCGAAUGACUUUGGUUCUUACAAGUGCGUCGCGCAAAACUCUCUUGGCGGAACGGAUGGUGACAUAAAAUUGGAUGAGAUUCCAGCCCCGUCGACGACGUCCACCACGCCACCGCCCUACCACGUGACCUCAUCGAUGAAGAAAAACGGUAGAAACGGUAACAAGAAAUUACGACAACGACCUAUCGACUACGAGGUCGAGGAAUGGCGAGAUUCAGAUUACGACAGGAAUUACGGUCCGGCGUCGAUGAGGCCACCAGGCGAACCUCCUGUGGACGCCUUGAGUCCUGGCGUGUCCCACCGGGCUCAGCUCGUUCUUCAUCUUUCGGUGAGUCUGCUGUCACUGCUACUUCCAGCCAUCCGAAGGUGAUUCUCACGUCGCGGGAACGGGGCUUCCAGUUCUAGUGUUUAUUGGACGGUGACCAUACCGGAGGCGGCUACCAGUUUCCGGUACGCCGCCUCCGGCUGGGAUGAUGGACGAGUGCGACGAGACAAGACGCGCUUGAAAUUAUUUUCAUACUAAAAGUAGACGUAUACAGAGAGCAAAAGAGGAUAUUAUAUAUAUAAAAGUAUAUAUAUAAAUAUAUAAAUAUAUGAAGAAAUAUAAAUAUAAAUACAAAAUAUAAUAUGUUGUGUAAGUAUACCGCAGUGAGUAAGAAGGAAUCCUUAGGCUUACGGUUUGCCGAUCGUUUAUUGUGACUUGCGCGACGUUCUUGCGCGAAGAGACUUCUCGCCAUCUUCCACGUGAUCCGUGAAACGAAGAAACUCUGUCAGCUGACGGGGGAUGUUUGACAAUUGGGGGGCACUCUGAGAUCUCAAGGGUUUUGGAGGAUCGUGGUUUACGUGGUGCUGACAAAGUUGCUAAUUUUUGUUGGGGAUAGAUAAUGCAGAUAGGAAAGGACGAUUAGUCUAUCUCAAUGUCAGUAAUCAAGCUUGGUUGCUAAGUAAGUAAAUAACUAUAUAAUAAAAUUGAUUUUGAGGAAUUCGUAACUUUAAUUAUGUUAAAUGCAUCGACUAUGAAUAUUAGUAAUAUUAAUAGUGUUGUUGUUUAAGUUUUCAGAUACUAUUGUAAAUGUAUUAAAAUGAUUUUUAUAAUAUUCUGCUUGACGACUGUAUACUUUUAAAAUAUAAAAAACAAAGUAAUUUCCUUAGAGACGUCAAUAAAAUAUGAAAAGCAAUUCUUUAGAUUCUACUGCUUUAGAGAUGCGAGUAAAAAUAUGAAAAGUCGAUUUCUUUGAAGAGGUGUUUCCUUUCCUCGUAACCAUUUUUCCGUUUCCAAUGAACAAUAGCGACGAGAUUGUGUGCACGCGUGCUACAUUUUCACAAGACGUCGGAUUUUUCAAAGUGUAUCACUUGUCAAACUUUCCUCGUGAGUGAAACUCAGCGCGAAGGAGGCGUUAGUCCGAAUGAUUUUCCCAUUUCCGUUUCUCGUAGGCGCGCGUGUGCGUCGCAAAAAUUCGACGCUCAUCGUCGCCCUCGUGUAAACACUUGUGCUUUAAGCGUUCUGCCAAAAGUUUUAUAAUCAAAAAGCGCGUUUAGACGAUUCGAGUGGCUCCGUUCGCACGAGAGAACACGAAUCGGUGGAAAAAAGUAGGAGCAGAGUGGGUUCCGGAUUUUCUUCGUUUCAGCUAAUUACCUAUGUAAAUAUCACUGAUUUCAUAAAUAUUCAGGAACGUUUUGUAAGGGUUCUCGAUUCCCCUUCUACAGUUGUAAAACUCGCUCUACUCCGUUUGUACUUAACGACAGAAUAACCUUCUUUGGGAAACGAGAAGAAUGUGUCUAUGUUAUACGUUUGCGAUUAAAAAAAAAAAAAAAAAAAAAAUAAAAAUAAAAAAAGUAUAUCGACGAUGUAUUUAAAAUCCCAAAGAAACGUUCGAAGCAUGUGUAAAACCUCUGGUCGCGAGAAUUGUUAUUUUUUAACUAAUUCUUGCGUAUUUUUCGACCGUACGCGAUGUAUUAGAGAAAAGUGAUCAGUUCUGGAAAAAAAUAAAAAGAUAAAAAUAACGUAAUUUUAUUCAAAUUAAUUAGACAGUUUUAGUAUAAGUUACUAGUAUUCAAUGUAGUGGGUCAAGUUUAGGAAAAGAUUUAACGAAGUCACAUUAUAAAGUAAAAGUAUAAUUGCCCGAUCGAGUAAAUUUCACUUGAAAAAAACUAGAAUGUUUUCAGUAUCCAAUAAUUUCCAAUAAUCCAAUCCAAAUACCCAAAUAUCCAAUAAUCAGUAAUAGGCUUUAUGAUAGCUGACUGUCUAGUCUGACAUAAUACGAUCCGUAACUACUUCCAGAACUGAUAUUUCUUUCUAUCUGCAAUACUAAUCAGGAUCUCAUUAUGCGUUACUCGAGUAUAGCGCAAAUUUCGAAUAACGUGAUUUCAAUUGUAGACCAGUCACUCUAGAUGAAAAUGCACAUAACAUUCAGGAAAGAUUCUUGUAAAGCUGAUUUCUUUCAUACACAUUUAUUAUUCCGUUACAAACAAUGCGAUAUAAUUAAUUUAAUUGUUAAAUUGGCACCAUUUUACAGCCCUCUACAGUUAUAAAUAAUCAGGACCUCUGCUUCUACGUAUGUAUAUCUUCAAAAAUAGUAAUGUUUAUUUUAAAAAUAAUUACGAUCAAAUAUAAAAAUCAAGAAUAUUUCUAAAGAAGUAGCACAUAUUUUUUCUCUAUAGAAAACAGUUUACACAUUUAAUUCUCAUGGAAUACAUUAUUUAUAAAGUGCUAUAAAAACAUUAUUUGUUACAAAAUAAUAAAUAUAUAAAAAAAAUCAGCUUCCUAGAAACUUCUCCAUACCUGAAUCUAAAGUGACUCGACUAUUUCUUCUAUACGACCCGACGUUCACGAUAGUUUCUCUCUAUUCGCGAACAAAGCACAACUCUAUUUCGGUACAUAUAAUGCAUAUACGUACGCAUGAAAGGAUAAACGAAAACAUAAAUAUACAUUAUACAUAUAUAAUCGAAUCGUAGUUGUGUUGGAACACGAGCUCCGAUGUUUCGUCGUUAGCCGUUCGAUUGAGAAAGCGUGGAUGGACUGACACGUGAGUUAGUCAUACAUACGUAAUACGUACGCGAGAAGUGACUAUUUCAGUGAAAUUAAUGGACAAUUGCGAGUUCUCGUGUGUCCAAAGCUGAGAUGAGCAAAAUUUGUAUUUACCGUUAAAAGAAAAAUUUCAUUAGCGAAUAAAUGAGUAAUUGUUCCAUCGAAUAAACUUUGCGAACAAAUCGUUACACGUAGUUUUAAUUCGUUAUCUUUUAUUCGAAUAAAGUUUUGCCCAUCUCUGGUACGAAGCCGACGAGAGAUGACAAUGGACGUCGUCGCGUAGCCUCGAAUCAUCGGCGACGGUGUCUUCGAGCAGAGAGCUUCGUCGUUUCAGUUCAAUUUUGCAUCGCUGUGCAGAAAGAAAAUGUUCUUUCCGUGAGCUAAAUGCCAACGACAAUAUUUUUAGCUUUAGCGAGACUCAACGUAUGUGCCGACGCAAAGGAAAUCAUCCUGGAGAAAUUCAUUGAGAAAUUCCAGAGCACCUGAUGACAGUUACUUGAUCCAGUUGACGGAAAUAGGGUCAUCGAAUGUGGAUCAUUCUAUCAGGAUCGAUUCUUGCAGUAAAUUUAUUAAGAAAAUUCCUUCAUCAUUUUGCAACCUGAAACUGUGUUGUCGAAAUAUUAGCAAUCAAAGUUUGUUGGCGAGACUCUUGGGGCGCGCCAUUUGUAAUGUAGUCAGCCGAUCAUACAGGUUGUUGCGCGUGCGUUACAUUACAAACUCCGAAUGCUUAUAUCUCGAUGGCGAAGCUUCCGAUUAGAAAAUGGAAAAGGUCUUUUUGAUUCACAUUGGCGUGAGGAAUUAAUCUUCAAAGCAGCUCGUAUAUUUUUUAUGAACAAUCUGUUAUUAUAUCAAGUAUUUAUAAAUUAUAAUAUUCCAAAAAACAUUUAAAAAUAAUAUUAAAUUAACUAUAUGCCAAUUCUUAAAUGACAAAAUAUUUAUUCCAUGGGUAAUUCUUGUAUUUGUAGGGUAGAAUGUUUUCGUCGCCAUAUUCCCCUUAAAAAUCAAGAAUCGCCGUCACCAGGUGUACAUACAUAGUUGCAAUCUAGAUAGUAUCAACCACUAAUCACGCACAUUGGGAACUCUUUUUCUAGUCUACGAACACUAUGCAACUGUAUAUCCUUAACUCAUAUAGUUAGAGCACGAACGAAAACAACAAUGAAAACCGGACUCUUGACAAUACAAUAUAGUAGUCUCUACGAACGAAGUGUUUUCAAUUCUAUUUCGAAUUUCGUUCCAGUCGAAUGCGCAUAGUCAACGAUUAGGUGCACUAUUGCUGAAAAGUUUACUGUCACGCAUUUUCAUCAUCAAUAAAACUGCCUUCAGAUAAAAAUGUACGAAAACAGUUACACUUUAACGUCAUUCAUAAAUAUUGACUAUCAAAUACCAUUAUUGUCUUAGAGUGUCCCUUCCUCCGAUAACCUCUCUAGAAUGAAUUUUCAUUGCAAUUUUAAUGUAACUUAAGUUUUUGUAAUUUUUCUACGACUCGUUAGAUAUUAAGAUCCCUUCCUUGGCCCAUUGCGAUUCUCCCCACUGUUUGUAUUGUCCAAAACAUAUCAAAAUUCGAAAUUCAUUACAGUUCACGUUGCAUUUAGAAAUUGUGUCGCAGAAUGCUAGAUGAUCCGAAACUUUUCAAAGGUAGUGCACUCUUUUAAAAGGGCUUUCGCCGGUGUUCUAUUUCCGGUCCGCAGCAAUUUUACACGUGUAUGCAACGGAUCCAAACGGGAGAUACGAGGAACGUUACGCGUCUUUGCCGAUUAAUUGUGUAAAUAUUGUAGAUAUGUUGUGCUGUGAUCAAUCUGAGUCGUCGUCUUUCGCGGGUGAUGAUUCGAGGCUGCGGUUGUUAAAGCGAGUGCUAAAAGCGAGUGUUGUGAAUAGCAUGUACACUAACUGUUCGGAUCGAUAUGACGAUGAUCGUAUGAAGACAUCGUUCGGUAGAGAAAAAAAAAUUGAAGCUGCAGCGAUUAUAGAUAUGUCGUAUUAAAUUAUUAUGAUAACGUUAUUAAUGUAUUCACGCCCGACGGUCUCACUAUACCCGUGAAAUUUUUAUGAACGCGCUGAACACUGCGAACGAUCCGCGCGAAUUAGAUAUAGAUAGUGAUACUGUCGGUCUGUGUAUCUUAAUAAAUAUCGAGUACAUGACUGCCA